AUGGCCGAUAUGGACGUCGAUACUCCCGCUCCCGCCACCAGUAAGGAUAAGGAGGAGAAGAAGAGAUUCGAGGUGAAGAAGUGGAAUGCUGUCGCGUUGUGGGCUUGGGAUAUUGUCGUCGACAACUGCGCCAUUUGCAGGAACCACAUCAUGGAUCUCUGCAUCGAUUGCCAGGCCAAUCAGGUAUCUGCUACGAGCGAGGAAUGUACUGCGGCAUGGGGUAUCUGUAACCACGCCUUCCACUUCCAUUGUAUUUCACGGUGGCUGAAGACGAGGAACGUCUGCCCCUUAGACAACAGAGAAUGGGAGCUGCAGAAGUACGGCCGAUAG